GUACUUUCGCUUUCCUGCGCAGUCUGCGGAGAGGCUCAGCCACACCCGGGUACCACACCGGGUACAGCACCUGUUCGACCCCCGACGGAGAAGAAGCAAGCCGGCGCUCCCGGGAGAGGCAGCACCCCCACAUCUCCGCUGCCGCGGCCGCGAGCGUCCACGCCCACCCCUGCCUGACUCCAGCGCCGAGAUGUCUCAGUGGUAUGAGCUUCAGCAGCUUGACUCCAAAUUCCUGGAGCAGGUUCACCAGCUUUAUGAUGACAGUUUUCCCAUGGAAAUCAGGCAAUACCUGGCACAGUGGCUGGAAAAGCAAGACUGGGAGCAUGCCGCCAACGAUGUUUCGUUUGCCACCACCCGUUUUCAUGACCUCUUAUCACAGUUGGAUGAUCAGUACAGUCGCUUUUCUUUGGAGAACAAUUUUUUGUUGCAGCAUAACAUAAGGAAAAGCAAGCGUAACCUUCAGGAUAAUUUUCAGGAAGACCCAGUACAAAUGUCUAUGAUCAUCUGUAGCUGUCUAAAAGAAGAAAGGAAGAUCUUGGAAAAUGCCCAGAGAUUCAGUCAGACUCAGUCGGGGACUAUUCAGAGCACUGUGAUGUUAGACAAACAGAAGGAGCUUGACAGCAAAGUCAGAAAUGUGAAGGACAAAGUUAUGUGUAUAGAGCAUGAAAUCAAGACCCUAGAAGAUUUACAAGAUGAAUAUGACUUUAAAUGCAAAACUUUGCAGAACAGAGAACAUGAUGCCAAUGGUGUGGCAAAGAAUGAUCAGAAACAAGAACAGAUGUUACUCCAGAAGAUGUAUCUAAUGCUUGACAAUAAGAGAAAGGAAGUAGUUCUCAAAAUAGCAGAGUUGUUGAACAUCACCGAACUUACCCAGAAUGCCCUGAUUAAUGAUGAGCUCGUGGAAUGGAAGCGGAGACAGCAGAGUGCCUGUAUUGGAGGACCGCCCAAUGCUUGUCUCGACCAGCUGCAGAACUGGUUCACCAUAGUUGCAGAGAGUCUGCAGCAGGUUCGUCAGCAGCUUAAAAAACUUGAGGAGCUGGAACAGAAAUACACUUACGAGCACGACCCUAUCACGAAAAACAAGCAAGUGCUGUGGGACCGCACCUUCAGUCUUUUCCAGCAACUCAUUCAGAGCUCAUUUGUGGUGGAAAGACAGCCUUGCAUGCCAACUCAUCCUCAGAGGCCCUUGGUCCUGAAAACUGGGGUACAAUUCACCGUGAAGUUGAGACUGCUGGUGAAAUUACAGGAGCUGAAUUAUAAUUUAAAAGUCAAAGUCUUAUUUGAUAAAGAUGUGAAUGAGAGGAAUACAGUAAAGGGAUUUAGAAAGUUCAACAUACUGGGCACACAUACGAAAGUGAUGAACAUGGAGGAGUCCACCAACGGAAGUCUGGCCGCCGAGUUUCGACACCUGCAACUGAAAGAACAGAAGAAUGCUGGCACCAGAACUAAUGAGGGCCCUCUCAUUGUUACUGAAGAGCUUCACUCCCUUAGUUUUGAAACCCAGUUGUGCCAGCCUGGUUUGGUAAUUGACCUCGAGACGACCUCCCUCCCCGUCGUGGUGAUCUCCAACGUCAGCCAGCUCCCGAGCGGCUGGGCCUCCAUCCUGUGGUACAACAUGCUGGUGACAGAACCCAGGAAUCUGUCCUUCUUCCUGAACCCGCCUUGUGCACGAUGGUCUCAGCUUUCAGAGGUGCUGAGUUGGCAGUUUUCUUCUGUCACCAAAAGAGGUCUCAAUGUGGACCAGCUGAACAUGUUGGGAGAGAAGCUUCUUGGUCCGAAUGCUGGCCCCGAUGGUCUCAUUCCGUGGACAAGGUUUUGUAAGGAAAAUAUAAAUGAUAAAAAUUUUUCUUUCUGGCUUUGGAUUGAAAGCAUCCUUGAACUCAUUAAAAAGCACUUGCUGUGUCUCUGGAAUGAUGGGUGCAUCAUGGGCUUCAUCAGCAAGGAGCGAGAGCGGGCUUUGCUGAAGGACCAGCAGCCCGGGACAUUCCUGCUGCGGUUUAGUGAGAGCUGCCGGGAAGGCGCCAUCACGUUCACCUGGGUGGAGAGGUCCCAGAACGGAGGCGAACCUUACUUCCAUGCCGUUGAACCCUACACGAAGAAAGAACUCUCUGCUGUUACUUUCCCUGAUAUCAUUCGCAAUUACAAAGUCAUGGCUGCCGAAAAUAUUCCAGAGAAUCCCCUGAAGUAUCUGUAUCCAAAUAUAGAUAAAGACCAUGCCUUUGGAAAGUAUUACUCCAGGCCAAAGGAAGCCCCAGAACCAAUGGAACUUGAUGGCCCUAAAGGAACUGGAUACAUCAAGACUGAAUUGAUUUCUGUGUCUGAAGUACACCCUUCUAGACUGCAGACUACGGACAACCUCCUCCCCAUGUCUCCCGAGGAGUUUGACGAGGUAUCUCACGAGGUGUCUCAGCUAGUGGGGUCUGUAGAAUUCGACACUAUGAUGAAUGCAGUAUAGAGUAUGAAUUCUCAUCUUCUCUGGAGACAUUUUUCCUUCCCAUGUGUGAUUCCCUCCUGCUACUCUGUUCAUUCACAUCCUAUGUUUCUAGGAAAAUGAAAGGCUAACAAAUUUGCUGCAACCUGUUGAUAGCAAGUGGAAUUUUCCCAAUUCAGAACCAUCUGUUACUCUGAAGGACUUCAUGAAUCUUACUGAAGGUAAAAUUUAAAGGUACUCUCCCACAGUGUGGGUUUUGCAAAUGGAAAACAUCCAAACAGACCCAAAGCAUCAGGACUAGAAUGAGAGUCCUUUGGGAUACCUGAGUUUAGCAACAUCUAGCAAAUACUGUGCAUAGGGUCGAGACCCAGCUGCUACACAUUGUUAGCUAGAUCACACUGUUAUUUAGGGAACUUCUGAUGUAGGAACGGUAAAUCUCUGUUCUGAAGAAUUCUUAUUUUAUGAUAUCAAAAUUGUUCUAACUUAAAUAUGGCUGGAAGUUUUCCAGUGGUCUAUCUCUGAAAUAGUUCAAAGUUUAUAUAAAAUUAUAUAAACUGCUUAUCAAAGGUAGUCAUUGCUCAUCUGGGCAGGGGGAGAAGGUUACGUUCUUUAAUUUUAUUACAUCUUCCACAUGGCUAUUUAAAACUAAAGACAGAUUCUCUCUUGGGAAAAUUAGCUUUGUUGGAAGAAUUGUUUGUUAUGGUUAUAAGAUACUGGCUAAUAUCAGUAGAAGGAAGUACAUUUUCCAAAGUGAUGAGUAGUGUUUCUGUUUAAACUUGAAUAUCCAAAGCUGAAUAUGUUUUGCCUUCAUUGUGGCCACUAGUAGAUGAAAUUAAAUUGUCUUUGCAGUUCCAUCAAGGCAGCCAGGCUACUAACAAUAGUUCUCUCAAGGCAAAACACAUUAUUUUUUUGAAGUUAAAAUUAACAAUAGAUGCAGAUAAACUCAGAAAUUCAAUUCAUGUUUCUUAAAUGAGUUCAUUGGUCUCUCUUGUUAGUAUAUUAGUCAUAAAAUGUAGUUUCGCAAUUUUCGAAUUGGGAAAAAAAAAAAGGAAAUGACACCUCAAAUCAUUAAGCAGCGAUAAUAUGAGAAUUAAAUAAUUUUAAAACCCAUGCCCUAUGUAAUUACAUCAAGAACUGCAUAUUUUUCACUGUUAAAUGUGUUUUUUCUCACAAAUACAUAAUGGUUCCAUUAUCUCUCCUAUGCUUUUUCCAGAUACUGUUGUGAAUGGGUGCUCUUUUGUGAAGUGUUGUGUGUUACUUACCUUCUUACUGAUGCAAAAAAGUGGUUUGGGGGAUGGGUUUGACAGGGUCCUCCCAGAUAAUUUUCAGAUUGCUGUCUUUGUGGCUGCACCUUGUAUUUCCACUGUCACCUCCACAAUAUGAAUGCUGUAUUUUUCUUUGAUGGGGAUAAAGUUUUCUUUACAUCUAUUUUAAAACUAAAACUAACAUUAUAUCUUUAACUGCAAUAUACACAUGAUACUUUCUUGGUAUUGCACACAAAUGAAGGCCUCCUCUCAGUUUUUACAUAAGAUGUCAUGAAUCUGACUGGGUUUGGGUUGCCUUUUUAAGUUGUAAUGAUGAAGGAACAAAGAAAACAAUGUUUUUUUAAAAUUUUGUUUCUAAUUGCUGGUAUUUAACUAUUUGUUAUAUUUUUGCCCUUUGAGAAUGAUUAAUUUGGCUUGGUUUCAUUUUACUGCACUAGCCAAGAGUUUAUAUUUAAGAAGUUUUAAACUUCUAAUGUUAGUCUCUUAUUAAUAGCAUUUGGUGUAAAGAUUUUAAAAAGUUACUGGCAUUAUGUAUAGUUAUGAUUAAAUAUAAAAAUAUAUAAGUCCUUAUUUUAAAAGAUUAAUAAUACCAUUUUCCUAAGUGUUGCCCUUUCCUACCCUGCUUGUAAUCAGAAUUGCUAUAACAUAUUAAGAUAGAUCAGUGGAAGAGAUCGGAGAACAAACAUUGGAGCAACCUGUAAGGGGUGCCAUCAAAAGCAUAUUAAAAAAAAAAACACUUUGGUCUUCAUGACUACAGCUGCCUCCAAAUGCACAAAUAAUAUGACAUUUGCUUUUAAAUUUAUUUAGGCACUAAGAUAUUUUUUAAGUACAUGAAAAGUGGGACUCUUGUCUCCGGUCCAGUGAUCUAAAAUCCAUGAUUAGAUGAGUUCUAUUGAGGAAUUAUUGCACUCACACAAAAAAGGUACCAUUUUUCUCCAAAGAUGUCAUAAGCUAGAAAGCCAUGCCCUUCUCAAAGUAAAAAGCACUGUGUGAUGAAAAAUAAUUCUAUAAGAAAAGACAUAAUCAUCAAAAAGGGACUGGCAAGUUAGACUUAACUAUUUGAAGAAUUAUAAGGGAAUAGUGGUAUAGGCUUGAAAUCUGGUGUCAUAAAUACAAUCAUUCUCAUCUUCAUAUCUACAGUAUUUGCAUCUAGGAAACAAAAUUAUGAACACUGAGAGCUGUGUAUCUCCAGAAAUUAAAGGAGAUAUGUCCUGGCUAGCUAGCACAGUUUGUGUAUUAAAUUCCUAUUAUAUCAUCAUAAGUAGUAACUAAAUAGAUCCUAGCUUAGAGAGGGUUGCGUAUUUUCUGGUAUGGUUUGUAGGUUGUUGUAUAAGCCGAGAGCUUAUAUGAAUCACUGGGGACACAUCUCUUCUCGUUAAUCAGAGAGAGUUCUGUGGUAGGAUUAAGUGAGCAAAAUCUGUUUGUUGUCUUUAAGCUAAAGUGGACUGUGAGGGCAAGUCUUAAUGAACAAAACAGUCCUGCUGUAACAUCUUAUUACUGUCCCAGAGAAAGGGGCGGAAAAGCUAGAAAGUGUUUUGAAAACUCUUGUACCUACCUUUUGAACUGGGAUGCUGUUCCUAAAGUGAGGGGUAUUUCUUCAUGUGGCUUCUUUUGGUUAGUUAAGAUAGAUUCCUUCAUUCAUUCAUUCAUCAAAUGUAUACUGAGCCCUUGCUAUGAGCCAGGCACUAUUCUAGAUGUUUGGGAAACAGCAGUAAUGUUUUCAGAUGCUGUAAAGCAAUCACCUUAUUAAAAGUUAAGAUUUGUGAAGCAUACAUAGCCAAAAGCUAUAAAUAAUUUAAAUAUUAUAUAAAAAUAUACACAAUUUCACAAAAUGGCAUUUAAAUGCAAUUUAGGAAGGCCAUAGAUAAUCAGUACCUAUUUUUAGAAUCUUCUUUAUAACUUUUAAAUGAUGCCAACUGAAUAAUACACAGCUUCCAAGUUUUGGUGAACUAAUUCAGGGUUAUGUGCUUGCUAUACUCACUGAGAAAUUAAAUACUCUUCUUGCCUAGUUGAAAAGAAGAAAACAAAACCAUACUUAAGCAGUUUUUAAAUUAAAUUUAUUUUAGGUGUAUCAGGAAAAUAAAGGUACCUUAAAGGGAGAAAGCUGUCACACACAAAGCAUCAAAUUCUAUGAAUUCCUCUCUAAUACUUUGUAAUGCUAUUAUAACACUCGAAAACCUUACCAAGUACCACCUAACACACUCAUGGGCUGCUUCCCUGUACCAUCUGGUCUACGAUCUAUGCAUUUAAUCAUUUUAUUUUAAGAAUUAGCACAUGUAAUGGGAAAAAUAGCCCCACCCCCUAAAAAGUCCCACAAAAAAUAAUGAUCCUGUAUGUGGAAUAAAUACAUCUUAAUUUUUCACUACUUGGGAUUUUUCAUACAUUUGGUUCCCUUGCACUGCCAUGCUUUAUUUGUGGAUGUCUAUAUGUAUAACUGAAGUUGACUUUGUUUCAAGACUCACAUUGUAGUGUUUGUACUUGACCUUAAAACUCUGCAGAAAUAAGGUCUUUGCUAAUAUGCAUGUUGGUGGAUAUUGUAUUCAUAAAGGAAAGAGUCAGUGUUGCAGGAUGUAAGCAAAGAGCAUGGGACCAAGUUCUGUAUCACAGGCCACUCUUGGGUCUCAGCUUCAUUUAUAAAAAUGAGUAGAAAUUGAUUAGAGAAAUUCUGAGUUCUCUUCCAGGUUCUAAAAUGUCAGUAAUGCAGACAUGUAACACCGUUUGAUUCCUAUAGCAAAGCAGAUUUGCUUUAUAGCAGAGACAACUUUGGUAGACAAAAAUGGAACAGCCGUGGUGUUCAUCUACCUUAUUGAUGGUUAGAAAACCAUACACACUAACACUCAACCUGAAAGGAAAGCGUGGGCAGUACUCUGAGAACAGGGGUUUCUGGCACUGGAAGUGAAUGCCAUUCCUAUAUAUAAAUGACUCAUUUGGGGGCUGAGUUUUGACAGUUGGGCCAACUUAAAUCCUAGGGUGGUAGCACUAGAUUCAACUUCUCAAAGAGAUUUCAAGACUGUAAAAAUAGCCUCUCCUCCCAUUAAGGAGGCUAGAAAUCCUCCUAUGGAAGGACAUGUUUAGUUAUUCAAUUCCACAACUAUUCACUGAGCAUGUCCUAACUGCAAAAAGGACAGUGUUAACUUCUGGCAGACUAGAGACAUGCUUCCCUGUUCCUCACCUUCAUGGAUGAACUUGUGGACCCCUCACCUUGCACUGUAGUACACAUUAGAAAUGGUUUCUUGAUUUCAACCAGACAUAGUUCCUAUGUGCCAACAGAGUUCCCAACCCAAUGAUGUAAGAGAAAACCUUAGUUGUUUUAAGAAAAUUAAUUUUUCACAGUUUUUUUGAUACAUGUAUUUAUUACACUGUAAAAAAACAACACUAACUGAUUUCAUUUAAAGAAGCAUUUCCCAAUUUCAGAAUACUUACAACUUAUAAUUUUAACAUUAGAUUCACUUAUGGGAGAUUCUGGAAGCAAUUACAUUCAUAGCUGUAUAAUUCCCAGGAAGAAGCUAAAUCCAUCGUCAGGUCAUUCAGACACUGCCAGACAACAGUUUCAAAUGGUUGAUAGCUAAUCCAGCUCUACAGCCAAAGAGCAGUGUAGACAGUAGUGGGGAAUGGCAUGUUACGCCCAAAGAUGAGAUCACUGAAACUGAGACCAGCGAAAACAAAAAUGUGUACAAAGCUUUAAAUUAACAUGAACAUACAGAAUUCUCAAGAGACGUAAAAAGCACAUAUGUGCCUAAAACUAAAAAGAUCUUUGGAAUAUAUUGGUGGCAGCAGUUAACAGCACAGUUCACAAGCAUUUAAACCAAAUGCACUCAUAACUACCAGCCAAUAGCAAACAUCCAGAGCAGGAAUCAGUGUAUAGUUAUAAAUAACAUCAUGGGUAAGGGCACGUUUAACUAAACCACAAGGGUUUUACAAAAUAGUUUUGUUCUGAGAAAAUAUAAAAACUCCUUGUUCCCAAAUAAUAGUUAGAACCUCUUUUAUUAAAGCCUCAAAUCAGUGGUAAUCUUCAAGCCACACAAUUGAACCAUCUUAAUUUUUCAUUUUAAUAUCGUAAAGCAAGCUGCUGUUUGAGCAAAGUUAUUUCAAUUAAUUUCAAUAAAAACCAUCUAUUGCAUAAUAUCAUUGGGGGAAAGAUUUAUGCCUCCUACAGAACAUUUUGCAAGUACUACCUCUCUACAUGGCUUGCUAGAUCUGUGGAGCAAGACAGCAGCAGCCCAGCUGGCUGCCCACCCACCAUCCUUCCCACAAAAGCAUGCACUCUGGAACGGGCUUCAUGCCUGACACCAUUCAGGUUAGGAAUACUGGCCACGGUUCACGAAAGGAGGUGCUGUCUAGAUAACGGGAGGUGAUGGGUGAAGUCACUGACUUAGAUUGGAAGUAAAAAUCAAAGCACUUGGAAGCUGGCUGAAGUGGAUAAGGUGCCAUCAGGCAUAAUAAAGCUUGGAAGCAGCAGUGAAUGCUAAUAGAAAAAAAAGAGAAGGAAAUGGCUAUAUUAAUGUGGUAAUCACUGGCAUUCAUGUAAUUGAGGAUUCUGUUCAUUUCACUAAACACGGCUUCAAAGAAGUCCAUUUGUGUGUGUGUGCUUAAUAUCAGAGGUCCUCAUUAACAUACUCCUUCAUCCCUUUGAGGUAUAAGAUAAAGUAUGUGUGCAAUUCCUAGCAUAUACUGUUCUUUCACUUUUACAGUCCUUUUAACCUAUUUUCCCAAUUAAUCAUGAGUUAAUGAUGAGUCUCAAUGGUCUUUUCUUCUGAUUAAACUAUAGAAGCCCACCAAUGUUACACAAUAGAGAACUGGAAGAAAACUGGAGAUCUAGUGGUACCCCAAAGAGAAAAAUAUCUUGAUGCAGGCUUUUAACGACAGGUUUAAAAACAAAUGUUAUUUAUAGCAGUUCCCAUAAUAUCAGAUAACUUUGGUAGUUUAGAACAUUUCUGAACUCAUUCUAGAUACUGAAAAAUAUCUUCUUAAAGAGCCAUAUUAGCACAUCCCUUCACGUUUUAGACUGAUGAAUUUUGACUAGUAAUUUGUCUCUGGUUCAUCUUCUGUACACAGAUAACAUAGCUCUGAUGCCAGAAAUAUGAGGCAUUUUCUGACUUAUUGUUGAAAACAUGAAAACUGCAUAGUAUGCCAGCACCCAUUUUCCCAGCUAAAGGACAGAGGCAAAUAGAAGAUAAAUGUCUGGGAAGAGAGGCUGGGCUAAGGGGAUAUAGAAAAAGGAGGAAAACUUUUCAAAAGUAUUAUAACUACAUUCACACACGUUUUGGCCGCCAACAUAUCUUAAACAGAUUCCCUGAUAAAGUCUAAUCAAAAUUGGUCUAUUCUACCAACAGGUGUUAAAUAAUAGACUCUUUAAAGAGUCACAUCAUGAAGUGAGAGUGAUGGAAGACAUUUGAAACACAUGACCCUAAGUGCAUAUAGUUGUUCAAACACUCAAGCUAAAUCUAUAUUUGAAGUCUUGAAACCACACUAUUUGCUUCUAAAGGCAGCCUUGAUGCAUUUGGACAGACUGUACCAUAGUGCUUAAUUUAUCAAUGCAUGUCAGCAGAUAUCAUCAUUAACUGAAAAUUCACAAAACACAAAAAUAAAUCAAGAAGAUCACAUAGUUAAGCUAGAACUGGUAACUAUUUCUUUUGCAUCAAAUUAUACAAUGCCACAAGGUAAAUAUUGCUCACAUUAUGGAGGGAGAUUGUUUUAUUUCUAUUUUUUUCCAAAGAGAUCGUAUUUGUCCUGUGCAUAAAAUAAAGAAAACUCCAAUAACACUGAAAUGACAAAUGUAAAAUAUACAUCACUACCACAUAGAAAUACACAUGUUCUUCAUAAUCAUUUUCCACAAUUAAAUAGGUAAGUGAUUUAAAUUUUGGGAUUAAGAUAAUUAUAAUAAUCCAUCAAGAUUCUUAUGGACAGUUUGGUUUUCCUUUCCGUUGUCGGAAUCUCCUUGAGGUGUGUACUGGACUUGGUACUCCUGGAGGAUUUUAAAUACAUCAUGGUGUCCAAAGUGCAGCGCUUCAUCCAUAGGGGUGUUGUUCCACCUAAACAAGUAGCACAGCAGGGACUGGGUCGUUAGGUAAUUUAUGUACAAAGAUGAUAAUCCAGCAUUCUUAGAUUUUAAAUGCAGAUUAAAUGACCAUUCAAAUUGUACUCUUUUUAGCAAUACUGCAAGUAAAAAUUACUAGUACAAACACAGAGAGAGAUUUAGAAUUCAAAAAGUGGUUUCCGACAUGUUGGGAUAUGGGGAAGAAAAGAAAAAUAUCUUCCACGAAAGGAUCUUAUUUACAUGUCUGUGUAUAUGGAGAGGAACUUUCUAAGGGAAGUUCUGAUGUUGGCAGAUAUAUUAGAUCCUUUAGUAUUCAUGAAUUUUAAAUUCAUGAAGAGCUUAAAGUAUAUGUUUUUAAAUAAAAUGUUCAAAGACAAUUCAUGCAUAUAACAUCCAUCAUCCUUGCCUUUGACAGAAAAUUUGUGUUGCAGUCACUUCAAAAUCACAAUAAGUCUCAGAAAUCUAGAAAUAACCAUGACCUCAUUUGGGCUCAACCAUACAUUGGAGGAGCGAGAUCAACACUGAAGGAAAGGAUGUUUUAAUCAUUUCUGAUAAGGACUGGAAAGCCAGAAUCUCAGUCAGACUAUUACACAACCAGAGUAACAGCUAACCUUAUUACAGUAACCUUCUAGGGCUGUGCUAUUCAGAGUGAUGUACUGAAGAUUUGAGGAUAAAGAAGAUUAAUGAAGCAUUGCCAACAGUGGUUAAUCAGCUAAUUAUAGCUUGAGAAAGACAUCAGUAAGAGGAGACAGCACUAUAAAACUCACAGGCCAAGCCAAAGAGAGGGCAGGGUAUGGUAAUUAGUUCCCCAAUACUCCACAAACUAUUAAGCCUCUCUUCCCACUCUCUCCCUCUCUUCACUUAGGUCAUUUAACUUCUCCAUAGCCACCAGUCACUCUUCAUUUUUUCAUGUGUCACUUUUAUCACCUUCUGGGUUUUCUGAGCAUUAUUCCUUUUCAUCUGUUUUUAACCACCUACCCUUUUAAUAAGGCCACAGUAUAGAACCAAGAGACUUUUAAAAUAGUCUUAUUUUAAAAAUCUUUUUGGAUAAAGUUUGGUAGCCUUUUCUUAAUUUUUAAAAUCAGGUAAGUAAUGCUUUACGUAUACCUUUAUGUUUCCAAAGACAGCUGAACUUAGUUGUUUUGGGGAGUCAGUGGCCCUAAACUUGGAGGGGGUGGGGAAGUAAGAUGGGACUAACUUUUCAAUCAUCCCCUGUAGCAUGUACUUAUUUGUCUUAAAUUUCCUUUUAGAAAAAUUGAAUGUAAACUACAAGUUACAUUUUUUACCACUCUUCUUCCAUGAAAUAAUGCAAAAUAUCAACUUUAAAGAGUACACUAAUUUUUCUCAAGCCGAUUUUAUAAUUCUAGGUGAUGCUGAUUCUAUGAAAUAGAGAAAAGAAUUGUCUUGGGUCUCUUGCUUCCAUUCUAGAAUAGCUGAAUACCCAGUUACCAAGGUAGCUAACUUUUGCAUAUCAGAUGGGUACCUAUACUUCCACAUUCCUAGAGACCAAUUUAAGGAAAAAAUUUUUUUUUAAUUCAACCCUUAAAUAAAGCGUAUUUCCAACGUGUUAAAUAGUGGUUUUAGCUGGGCUUAACAGGGAUGGGGGUAUCUUUUCAGUUUCUUGCUCUAGAAAGAGCUGAUAAUGGGCAUUACAUUUGAGAUAAAAGGAUGGACUGUCACCCUAACAUGAAGUUUUGGAAUACUGCCAAUAAAGCAUAGUGAUUUUUAACAGCUAUAGGAAUAAAGUUAAAUAACCAAAGUGUUAAAACACUUAGAAAAUUGCUAACCAUUUUCAGACACUGACUUCAUAACUUCUCUGCAUCUCUUGCAAGCUGAAUUAUAAAACCCAAACCUCUAAUUAAAAUUAAAAAGUGAAAGCUUUAGUAAGCAGAAAAGCCUAAUAGUUAGACAGAAAUCAGCUGUUCCAAAGUUACUUAAUAGAGCUCCCAGUUCUCAGAUAUCAAACCCCAACUCUCAGGCAUAGAUAGCAAGCCUCUCCAUCAAGUAUUUUUUUCUUUCCAUUCUUCUAAAUCUUUAUUUCUCAUUACUCACUCCACUCCCCUCCAGUUAUAUAAUUUGAUAUAUAAAUAUAGCGUUUACUUAAAUAUAUAUGUAUAUAAGUAAGCUGCAUUCUUGUAUCCCCUUGAACUGCUCACUUUGGGUAUAUAGCAUUUACUGCAGGAUGAAUAGCAGCUUCCUAUGUUGACCAAAAAGAAGAACAGAGGGCAGAAUAUAUUCCAAGCAGAUUUCUCCCAAUAUAGAGUCCCCUUCUCUUCCUUCUGUGCCUUCAAAUCUUGUCUCUCUUCCAAAGCACUGAUUAAAAUUCAACUUCCAUGAAGCUUUCUAAGACUGAUCCCACCCAAAUCCAGGAAUUUUAACAAACUCCAAUAUACUUAGAGUCCUGGGACAGUAAUUUCCUUGUACAUUUUUAAUAUGCUUCUAUAAAUGUUUAUCUUAUCUACUCUUUGCGGUUAAAAAAACUCCAUGAGGACAAAAAUUCCUAUUUUCUCUUUCCAAACAAAAAGCAUUGUCUUCUUCAUACAGUGCAUGACUGAUAGUCAUACUAACCUGAAAUAUUCUACAUAAGAAACCAUUCUUAGAUAAGAAUCUAUCCAGCAGAAACAAAGUUUUGUUUGUUGCCUUUACAAACCACCACAGCAAAUUCAAGAAUGUCUCCAAUGCAUACAUAAUGGAUUUAAAUAUACCAUCGCUUGAAUAUUAUAACUCUGUAUAAUAAAGUACUGACUUGCCAGUUAUAUGUUAGAAGGUAACUAUGUGAGUGCUUACCUGUCCUUGGGGAACGGAUUUACUUUGCAGGCUUCCAGCAAAAAUUUAACAACUUCAACAUGACCUAUAUCCAAAACAAAAACAAGCAGAUUUCAGUAUGGAGUGGAAACGAAGUGUGGGAAAGUAAACAGAUGAGUGGUUCACGUAUUACCUUCUGCAGCAGCUACGUGGAGUGCUGUUCUAGAGUCAUAGUCUCGUUGUUCCAUGUCCAUGGCUGACAAAGCAAAUCUGAAAAUUUGGAAGCACAGCUAUUCAUUAUAUAUAUAUAAAAUUUAAUUCACACUUGUAAUAUUUACUGUAUUAGUUCACCCUAAGGGCCUGCCAGGUGCAAUCCUUCACAAGGCUCACUCAUGAGAACUUGAGACACUGUUCACUUAGUACACUGGCAUCUAGGAUAAAUGCCACAUCACCUCUCUUCCUUAGCUUGUUUUUUUGGGGGGGUGGCUGGGGGUAGGGAGGGAAGAAAACAUUGUUCACAGAACUGAGCUUCAUGAUGUUAUUGUGCAAAACUCAAGAAUAAGUGAUACAGUUAUACCAAAGGUUUUAUGCCUCAGAAGGGCAAGAAAUGCAUACCAAAGUUACAUGCUUUCACUAAAACUCACUUUCUUUAAACUAACAUUUUAUAGUCUACAGUUUACAAGAAGUACUAAUCAGAUUUAAUAACAAAGAUAGAAAUUAAGCAUAGACAUUUUUCCAAUUUAAAGAUCAGAUGCAACUCUAUAUAAGAGAUUUUAUGUUAAAUAUACAGUACUAUAUGGUCUUUCUAAACCUGGAGAGCUGCAGAAUACCAAAUGCCCCUAUUUUGUGCCACCACCACCCCACACACACACACACAAAAAGAAAAUGGGGAGUGGAGGGUAGAUGGGGAUUGAGAAGGAAUUAUCUAAUUCCAAUAAAACAGUAAUACUAAUUAGCCAGAUAGUUACCAUUGGGGAAAACAGGGCUGGGCUUUUACAGGAGGUAGAAAAGGACAAGACUAGACAGCAGUCCUAAGAGACUGGAAGUGAGGAUUUAAUGUAUAUUUUAUUUGGGUCACUUUUAAUAAAGAGACGUGAGACCUUAGAUAGCCUAAAAAACAACUACUUUCCAAGAAGCACGCUUAAUAAACAUCUGUAAAUCAUAUGCUACUCCACUGUGUUAACAUACCUUCGGAGUGCAGAUACAUCUCCAGUAUAUGCAGCAAACAAAAGGUUUAUCACUGACUUUACCUGUGAAGAAAAGAAAGUUCAGGCAUCCACUGGGAAAAAUAAAUAUAUAGAAUGUACAAGGUACAUAUAUCACUGGUAAAUGAUUUUCCAUGCGCUUUGAUCACUUCAGCUGGAUCACACACAAAAAGUUAUCACAAGCAUACUUUUAUAACCAAAAGAAUUCACGUGUGAUAAUAUGUUUCUUCUUUAAACAGAGAACUGUGAGGGAAAAUUCAACAAGGGUAAGAUACAUGAGGGAAGGAAUGGAAUGAUGAUGUCAGUUGGCCCAAAAUAAUGGAAACUUGCGACCUGUGAAACUCACAUGGUUGGAGGAAUUGAAAAUUGUUCAGAACAUUUCCCACUUAGUGUCUUUCAAUACUAAGAGCAGGCUCAGAUACUAACAAUAUCUCACAUCACAUCACUAAGAACUAAAUCAUACUAUAUAAAUGUCUAGUUCCUGCCAGUAAUCACUGUCCUAAUCCAUCACUGACUUCUUUGGAAAUCUUAAGAGACAAAACAUUCAGUAUUAAUUAUCAUGUUUAACUUAGGAAUAGAGCUAUACUUCACUGCCAAGACUGUCUUCGGUUCCAUGCCCAAGCUGUACAAAUUGAGGCAUUCUCAGCACCUAUGAUAUUACCUCUGCUCAAAAGGGGAUAAACUCCCCAAAUAUUAAGUUACUGCUUGUAGUUUAGUGCUCCAAAGCUUCAAAAUACAUCUACUUUUGACAAUUAUCUGCUUUCCUGUUCUUACAGUUAAGGAAAAGUUUAUCCUGAAGGUCAAUGGAGUUUGAUGUGCUUUCAUAAAGACUUUAUCCAACACUGUUUAUGAAAAACUAAGCUACUGAUCACUGUUUCUAAAUACUUUGUAAUUCCCAUUUUUGUCUCAUACUUUGCAACUUCAACAUUUAUACUGAUGAUCCAACUAAUACUGGACUCAAUGUUGGAAAACAGAAUAAAUUUAAUUGGAGGACUAGCAAGUAACCCAGCUCUCCACCAAUAGAAUCACAGCCUGGAGCUCUGCUUUCAAGAUCUUAAACAUGACAACCCCACCCCCACCCCAUUUCCACUAUAGCUUGCCCUUUCCUGCAGCCUGGGAACUUUUAAAUCUAACUGGAACUGACCACUGCUGACUCCUCUAAUUCAGCAUUCUCAAAAUGAGUCUGCAGAAACUAGUCCACAAGAUGCUUCAUGAAAAUAAGGGUACUGUGGUCAGGUAUGUUAUUAAAAUGCUGAAUCCCUUCUUGGAGAGUUCAUGAGCAGAUGAAUGGCUCUGUAAAUUUCUGCAGUGCUGGAAACUGUUUAGCAAAGCACACCCCCAAAGUAUUACUACUACUACUUGCUAUUGUUGUUGAUAUUGGCUAUGACACCAAUUAAACUCCUGAGGAGCACGUUUCAAACACCUUACCCUCAUUCUUUCAGUCCAUUAGCAACUUCCCUUCUGCGAUCUGCCUGCUAACCUCAACAGACUGCAACAGUUUUCUCAAUGAGGCUAAGGGGAAGAUUGACAAAAUCACCCAAAAUGUUUUUUUAUAUGUGUACACACACACACACACACACUUCCUCCCACUUUCAGUUUUACUCCUAUUCCUCAGUUUGAUACAUUGUAAGGAAAAGAGGCAAAUACAUAGUGUUUUGAAAAAACUCCCCAGGUGAUUUCAAUAUGCACCCUUUUUGGUUAUGAACCACUGUUCCAGGUACCUUAACUUUUUCCAUGUUACAUCAGAUCAAUUUUGAAUCCACAGUUCUUCCCUUUGUGCUCUUGGGCCACAGAAGCUGCAGCAUACUAAUGGGCGAUUACGAAUUAUCCUCAGUGUUUCUAACUGGUCCUUCAUCACUGCUUGAUAAUUAAAAAAAAAAAAAACCUUACUGGUUCCUUUUCACACAUAAAAAAAUGCCAA